AUGGGCUUUUUCAGCACCCUCGUGCGACCGCCGCACGACACCUCGGCGGUGCCCGCGCCGCCGGAGACGCACAACUGGCGUCUCUAUACCAUGGCCUUCUCUGCGAGCAUGGCCUCGGCGAUGUUCGGCUACGAUAGCGCCUUUAUCGGCGGAGCGCUGACGCUGCCGUCGUUCAAGCGCACCUUUGGCGUCACUGCGGAGCACUCGACGGCGCUCUCGUCGCACAUCACCUCGCUCUUCCAGGCCGGCUGCUUUUUCGGCGCGAUCCUCGUCUACCCCAUCACUGAGCAGUUCGGUCGCAAGCCCGCCCUGCUCCUUGCCGGUAUCGUCUUCAGCAUCGGCGCCAUCAUCCAGACCGUGUCAGACGGCAACCUCGGCAUGAUGUACGCCGGUCGCGUCCUCACCGGGCUCGGCGUCGGCUCGAGCUCUCUGAUCACACCCGCCUAUAUCUCGGAAUGCAGCACGCCGGCAACAAGAGGAAGGCUGGUGGGCAUCUUUGAGUGCUGCCUGCAGGCUGCGCUCGUCGUGGGCUUCUGGACAAACUACGGUGUGGCGCAAAAUAUCCCCGACGACGGCAGCAACAAGCAGUGGCAGGUCCCCUUCGCCGUCCAGCUCAUCCCGGCCGGCCUGCUUUUAAUCGCCAUGACGUUUCAGUCCGAGUCGCCGCGAUGGCUCAUCAAAAAGGGGAAGGACGACAAAGCGAGAGAGGUGCUGGCGCGGCUCCGCGACCUCCCGGCAUCGCAUGCCUACCUGUCCUACGAGAUCGAGUCGGUCCGUGACCAGAUCCACGCCGAGCUUGGUCCUGCCGGGCAGCUAUCGCUCUGGGGCAAGCUCAAGGAGUGCGUCGCGCCUGAGAACCGCGUCCGUCUCGGUCUCGGCGUCGCUCUGAUGUGGCUGCAGAAUCUGUCUGGCAUCAAUGCGCUCAACUACUUCUCCAACACCCUCAUCAAGAGUAUCGGCUUCACGGGCACCAGCGUCUCGCUGCUGGCGACGGGCAUCUUUGGCAUCGUCAAGAUGGUCGUGACGAUCGUCUUCAUGUUCUUCUUCGUCGACCGCGUCGGGCGCCGGGUGCCUCUGCUGGUCGGCAGCGUGGGAGCGGCGGCGUCGAUGUACUACCUCGGCAUCUACUCGACGGUCACACGCUCCUUCCAACAACCGGUACCCAAGGACGGCGCGGCCUACUUUGCGCUCGUGUGCGUCUACCUCUUUGGCGCUAGCUACGCCUUUUCGUGGAACGGCAUCCCCUGGAUCUUCCAGUCCGAGGUCUUCCCGCUCGCCGUGCGCGCCCUGUCCAUGGUGGUGACGACGGCCAACCAGUGGUUGAGCCAGUUUGUCAUCGUCUACUCGGCGCCCUACAUGAUCGAGUCGAUGCGGGGCUACACCUUCAUCUUCUUCGCCCUAUGGACCACGGCCGCCUUUGGCUUCGUGUGGCUCCUCGUCCCAGAGACGGCCGGCAUCUCGCUCGAGAACAUGGACGUCCUCUUCGAUGGACCGACGUUGGCCCGGGACAAGAGGCGCCACUAUGACCAGGUCAUGGCCAGCCAGCGCGCCAUGCAGCUCGAGAACGAGGCCGAGGCCCUUCCCCGCGAACGACGGCAACAGGAAUCGGCGGCGCCGGCCGAUGUUACCAUGGACAAGGAGGCCAAGUCGAUGGCCUAG